ACUCGGCACUGCACUUCCCAUGACCCCUAAGAAUACACAUGCCGACCUUGAAGUCCAUUAGAUGAACAGCUCACAAGAUAUACGUUCCAACGUCAGAUAGAUGUUUGUGGAGUUAGUAGGUAGAUUAAACGGUUGAUUUGAUCAACGUGAUAUCAUUUUGAUCUUGAGCUUUGAAAAAAAGUUUGUGUAUUCAAAUUAAGAGUCAGUUUUGGAUUUUCAUUUAAUUAUGAUUUUAUUCAGUUCUGGGAUUCUUUUUAAAUGAUUGUUGAUUUAGAUUUUUCUUUGUCGAAAAUAUUUUGAUAUUUUAUUGAAUUUCGAGUUUUUAUACUUUUUAGUUGCAGAUUUUAGGUUUUCACAUUUAGAUAUUUUCCUUUUUUAAUCUAUCUAUGUACCACAUCCUUUAGGCCAGCUGUAAUUAAACCCACUCUAAAGCUGGUGGUUUAGCCUACUUCACACCGAUAUCUAACAUUCCCUUUCUUUCUAAAAUCCUUAAGAUAGUUGUCACUAACCAGGUGCUUCAGAACAAAUAUGUUAUGUACUCUUAUCAAGCAUGUCUUCAGGAAACAGCAUAUAUAUGUGUGUGUGUGUGUGUGUUAUUAUUAUUUUUAUUAAUAAUCAUAAUGUUUUUAUUAAGAUUAUUAUUCUUUGGCUAUAACGAGACUCACCAGAAGAGUGAAGUAUAGAUGAAAAAUCAUUCAGAUCCACACUCCAGUCCAGAAGGUGGCGGUAAUAUACCAAGAAGUUACUACAACCACCGUAAAAAAUCUAAAGAAAAAGAACGAAGAGGCAUUGACAGGCUGAGCAGUGACAUCAUUCGUUACCUGCAUCAUUAUCCAUCAGACGAGGGGAGAGAAGAAUCAUGCGAACACGUAAGAAAAGUUGGGAUCAGCGCCGGAGAGAAAGGAAACUGAAAAUGCGAGAAGCCAUGGCCAGUGAAACCCCGGAGCAGAGAGAGGUCCGCCUGGAUCAUCUCAGGAGAUACAUGAAACAGGUCCGAGACUCGGAAACACCGGAGCAGAGAGAGGUCCGCCUCACUGACAACAGAGACAAGAUGCGCCGGGUCCGUGCCAGGAAAAAAAGAGAGACAAUGACCAUUCAACAACAACAAGCACAACACAACACGGGAAACACCCAGCGAACCAGAGCGUCUGGAGGAGCAGGGCAGGGGGGCACUCGUCGGAACAGGAGGAAUGUGCAGCGAACCUGGGAAACCCUGGAGGAGGCAGCCAAACGCCUCCUGGGUGACCGAUGGAAGUACUUGGAGACGCUGAUGGCUGAGAGGAAGAGCGGGAUUUCUGUGGCGGAGGCGUCGGAUAUGUUUCAAGAUGAGAUCAAACAAGGCCUCAUACAUGUUUGCUGCCUGUGUAAUCGGUUACUCUUCCAAAAGUCUGAGGUGCAGCUUCCUGAGGUCAAGUUAGAAGACACUGCAGCUGAUGGAUUCUUACCGGAUCAUACAUCCCAGAGUUUAAAGAUUCAGCCCGGGCACCCUGUCUCAUUUAACUAAAAGUUGAAAAUGCCACAUCCAUGACGAUGAUAUGACCACAGGGGGGCUUUAUCAGACACUUUAGCUGCUAUGGACUUCAAACCGAGCUAGAUGACAUGACAGGUGGACUGCAGAUAUCCUGUUAAUCAACGAGUGAACCGAAUAGACUGAGCAGACUUUCUUUUUGACAUUAAGAAAUGACCAGAUAUGGUUAAUCAGAAACCAUUUAAACGUUGUGUGCUUGGAGAUUCAGAUAAGCUGAAUAUGUUUUCUUUGUAAAUACACUGUCAAAUCCCACUAUUAAUAAAACAAUUUUAUGCCUCCAUGCCAACAACAGCCAGUGGCCGGAGGCAUUAUGUUU